CCUAACCUUGAAUUUCAACCCUGUCUCUCGCUCGCUUCAGUUCGUCCAGCGCUAAGUGUGCUUGCAUCGCAGGCUCUUGAACAUAUUUACAGGACCAUGCAUCAUCACUGAACACUUCAUCCUCCAAAAAAAAAUCCCUUCCUGGCGACCAUGUCGGCCUUCCUGUCGCUCCUCGGCUGGAGCUUCCUCCCCAACCUAGUCACUGGCUGGACACAGACCCUCUACUACAGCAUCACGAUCCGCGCCGGCGACCCCAAGCCGCAGCCCGGCACGCCCCGCUGGGCCGAGCACCGGCGGCGCAUUCACAUCAUCGUGGUGGCCCUCUACCUGCUCUACACAAUUUACGAAGCCGACUACGACCUCCAGCGGGUGGGCACUUUCUACUCGGACCUCGGCGUCCCGCUCAACGCGACCGACCGCGACAUCAAGUCGCGCUUCCGCCGCCUCGCCGCGCUCCACCACCCGGACAAGGCGACGACCGCCGGGGACAAGACGCACGACGACAUCAACGCCUACUUUGUGCACCUCAAGACGGCCGCCGACACGCUCACCGACCCGGCGCGGCGGUUCGCGUACGAGCGCUUCGGGCCCGAGGCCGUGACCUGGCAGCGGUGCGUGACGGUGCGCGACUAUGUCGUGCGUGGCGCGCAGCAGCUGGUUCCCCACUAUGGCAUGGCGGCUGCCGUCAUGUACGGGCUGGGGCUGCUGGGGUAUCUGGACUGGGCUCGGUACGAGCGGUGGCUGGUGCUCGCGGCCAUGUUCCUGUUCGAGGUGCGCACCGUGACGCGGCCGGGGAUGCCGGCUUUGCUGGAGCGCGUCGUCAAUCCGCUGCUGGGGUGGGUUGGCGGGCGGGCGCCGUACCUGCCCUUUCAAGCGAUUGCGCUGGCGAGGAAACUGAGCGUGACGGUGUACAUUGCGUUCUCGCAGAUUGGGCCGCUGCUGGCGGCGGACACGAGCGGUGGGCAGCUGGUGGUGAGCGGAAGGAAGGGCCGGGAGGAUGAGGCGACGCUGAGGGAGGGACUGGAGAGGUUGGAGAUGGCGGUCAAGAAGCUCGAUGCGGAUGCCGCGAGGUUGCUCCAGACGGAGAUGGCGCCGUUUGCGGGGGAUGAAAAGACGCGAAAUUCCAUGUGGGCCAAGGUCAAGGAGUGGCUGGUCCAAAACACGAUCCGCUCGGAUCCAAUGGUGCGGGACGCGCUGGGGCGGUCCUUUGCGAAGCGGAGGAUGGAGGCGCCAGCAGGGGCCAAGGGGAAUAGGUAAUGCGUAUAAUAGACUAUAGACAACGAUGACUUUUAUCGCGCCC